CCUUUGUGGCAAACGUGAUCUUUUUGUUCUGCAGCUUGCUGCUGGCUAUUAUUUAAACUGACCGUGCCUUUUUUUUAGCUGGAUAGAUAUACAGUGGUUAAUGUCAAAUACAGAGUAACCGUUUAUUUAGGGCUGAGAAGAAAAUAGCGAGAACAGCCAUGAGCAAAAGGAAAGCGCCGCAAGAAUCGUUAAACGAGGGAAUCACAGACUUUCUCAUAGAGUUGGCCAAUUAUGAGCGUAAUGUGAACAGGGCAAUCCACAAAUACAAUGCGUACAGGAAAGCAGCCUCGGUAAUCGCCAAAUACCCGGAAAAGAUAAAAAGUGGUACCGAGGCUAAGAAACUGGACGGGGUAGGAGCGAAGAUUGCAGAGAAGAUCGAUGAGUUCCUAAGCACAGGAAAACUGAGGAAGUUAGAGAAGAUUCGAAAUGAUGAUACCAGCUCGUCCAUCAACUUCCUGACGAGAGUUACAGGCAUCGGGCCAGCAGCUGCUAGAAAGUUUGUGGAAGAUGGGGUGAAGACACUGGAGGAUUUGCAGAAGAUUGAACACAAACUCAACCACCACCAGCAGAUCGGACUCAAGUACUUUGAGGAUUUCGAGAAGAGGAUUCCCCGUGCUGAGAUGGAGAAAAUGGAGACCCUGAUUCAGGCCGAGCUGGAGAGGCUGGACCCCGAAUACAUCGGCACCAUCUGCGGGAGCUACAGGAGAGGAGCGGAGUCCAGUGGUGAUAUCGAUAUCCUGCUGACCCACCCCACCUUCACCGCUCAGUCUGAGAAACAGCCCAAACUGCUACACGCUGUGGUGGAGCACCUGGAGUCGGUGGGGUUCAUCACUGACACCCUGUCCAAAGGAGACACUAAAUACAUGGGUGUGUGCCAGCUGCCUCAAGAUGAGGAAGAGGAGGAAGAACAUAGCCACCGGCGCAUUGACAUCAGGUUAAUCCCUAAAGAUCAGUACUACUGCGGCGUUCUGUACUUCACUGGCAGCGACAUCUUCAACAAGAACAUGCGAACUCACGCGCUGGAGAAGGGCUUCACUCUCAACGAGUACACCAUUCGGCCACUGGGGGUCACUGGCAUGGCCGGGGAGCCGCUGCCGGUGGACAGUGAGAAGGACAUCUUCGACUACAUCCAGUGGAAGUACAGAGAGCCCAAAGACCGCAGCGAGUGAGAGACGGAGACGAGCGACGUUGCCCAUUACUCACAUCCAGCAUCUUUAACCCCACGGAUUUUAGCUGUUAAUUUAAGAGUGGCCCGUGCAUUUACCUCACGGCUAAUUUGUGCCAGAAGUGCGUGGCGUGCGAACCUCAUCAUGUUCUCGGUUGUUUCGUGGCGGGCUGCGGUCAGCUGACGCGCCUGUCCAAUGGCUGUUUUAACGUACUGUAACGGCAGUGGCGAGUCUCCUCUACUGAUGCGCUCGUUCGCCAGCGCACUCGAGCGCAACACCGAAAGGUCAUUAAUGUGAGCUUGAUCCCUCAUCCCAAAUAAUUCCAGAACUUGGAAGAGAGAAACAUGUGGUCAUCUGUGGACGAGGUCAAUUCGUCCCAAUUUGUCUGGAACAGUCAACAUUACCCCGGUACGAGAGUUUGAGGGUUCCACGAUCACCUGGAACCUUUGCCAGCUCACUCAUGUUUUGGGGGGAAGGGGAUAUCCAGUAUGAGGCUCUCAGGUCUGUUUGCAUGUGGACUGAAGGCUUCUGUCCUUUUUAAACAAUCGCCUCAAGGACGUUACAUUUUUUAUUUUCAGAAUGUGAUGUAUUAAUGUAUUUCUUUCCUCAUUUUAGUUUAGAUGCAUUGCUUUCAUCCUCAUAGCUCUGUAUUUCACAUUGGUGUGUAUUAAGUAUAGCAAAAUGUAAUGUCUACUAGCUUAUAGUAAAUUCAGUAAGAUGAAAUGGACUUGUAUCGAUUUCAUAUAAAGAAAUUUUUUAAAU